AUGAACGAGGCCACACGAGCUGUCGGAGCCACUACUACACUCUAUCCGCGGUACUGCUUCCACCUCUCGCCCACCGCGAAUGCAUGGUGUCUGCUGCGCGCCGCCGAGGUUCAUGCUCUCGACCAACAUGCCGGCUUUGAAGGGGAAAACUUCUACUUUUACCGAAACCUCCCCAUCAAAUGGGUGCGAGUCGUUGGCAUCGUAGUUGCCAUCGAGCAGUACGCUCAACGACGAAUCUAUGGCAUAGACGAUAGCAGCGGCAUGAACGUUCUCGCAGUGGUCACAUCCCCCGCUCCCAUAAAGGCAAAGAACGACUCGGCGCCCAACGAACUACGACCCAACAACGAUGCGCAACCUACAGUCGCGCAAGUGCCCGAUCCCUAUGCGGCCAUUGACGUGGGCAUGGUCGUCGACGUAAAGGGUGGCGUGUCGUCGUUUCGCAACGAACGGCAGAUUGACGUCGUGAAGAUGGUCAUUGUGCAAGGCACGGCGCAGGAGGUUGCGCUUUGGGAGAAGCGGACCAAGUUUCGGCGCGAGGUGCUGGAUGUGCCGUGGGUGCUUCGCGACAAGGAUGUGCGUCGAUGCCGUCGGGAAGCAGAGCGGUCCGAGGCCGAGGCCAGGGCCGAGCAGAAGAGGGCAAAACAGAAGAAGAAGGCGACGAAGCACGGCAGGGACAGGGACGAGGGCAAGGAAAUGGGCGUCAGAGACGUCAAGAAGCAGGAUAGGCUAAUACGGGAGGGCGCGUCAAGUGGGAGAUUUAAUGCUCUUGGAUUAUGA